AUGAGAACCUCGAUCUUUGUUUUCUCGGUGGUCACAUUCGGAAACAUAUUCGUCUACCAUUCAUUCAUCCUAUCUUUGAAGAUUCCGAUUCCAAGUACCUCAAACAUUCUCAAUCGUCGAUGGCUUUCGAAGAGAGACGAAGCGAUCCCUACUUCGCCUAGUGGAGGUUAUGCUCCUUCAUGGCAACCCUGUCCUGAAGGUUUACAAGUCCGACAGCCAUCCGUGGAUGGACCCUUAAAUUCCAAAGAGCUUGAAUACGUGAAUCAAAAAUCAUCUAAAUCAAUACCACUUUGGAGGGAUUAUUUAUCAAACGUCGGUUUAAUCGAUUUCGAUGUGGAUUUAUUCCUUUCAAAUGCUACGAAAGAUUCAAAUCAAGCAUCAAAAAGUUUACCGAACUUUGGAUUUGCUAUAUCAGGUGGUGGAGCUCGAGCUGGACUAGUAGGAGCAGGUGUACUAAAUGGAUUUGACGGGAGGAACCCGGAAGCUCAUAAAAUGAGAACUGGUGGAUUACUUCAACUUGCUAAUUAUGCGGCUGGACUCUCAGGAGGUUCAUGGCUACUUGGAAGCUGGGCCACUUCAAAUUUUCCGAGAUUCACAUCUCUCAAUGAAACGGUUUGGAAAUUAACAGAACCAGACGCACUUUAUGACCUUCAUAUCUUGAAGCAAAUAGAUCGAGACUUGCAAACAGCAACAGAAAAAGCUAAAGCUGGUUUUGAGACGAGUAUAGUGGAUGCUUGGGCUCAGUUGAUUGUCGAUCAUACAAUAAACACGACACAAAAUGCCAACGCGGUCCUUUUAUCCUCUGUGAGGAAUUUGACGGGAUAUUCUACUCAUUAUGCUCCAUUUAUUAUUGUCACAGCAACUUCGAGAGCACAAGGAAAAGGAGAUAUGUCAUUAGAAAACCCAGUUUAUGAGUUUACACCAGAGGAAUUCGGAACUUGGCAUCCUUCUCUCAAUGCUUUCAUUCCUAUCGAACUCUUGGGUACUAAAAUCAACCAGGGUCUGCCAUAUCGUGGAGAUCAGUGUGUAGUAGGGUUUGAUUCUAUGGGGUUUAUUAUGGCAACCAGCAGUAAUGUGUUCUCACUCUCGAGCAAAACAGACGGACAACCAUUUUUUAUCGCAUUGGCACAUAAAUUUCUCAACGCAUUAGCUCAAAAUGUAUUUGAUGAAUCAAUCAUUCCUAAUCCAUUUCGUGGACUCGGGUUAGGUUAUGGUCUCAAUAGUGGUUAUCCAGCAAGAGAUGAUGAUAACCUUUAUUUAGCUGACUCUAGUCUAUCCGGAGAAACACUUCCUCUGUGGCCCUUAAUCCAGCCUAGUCGAAAUUUGGAUGCGAUCAUCGCAGUUGAUUCUUCAGUAUCGCCACGGAAAUGUAAGGUUGAAUAUAUAGUGAGACCUAAUUCAUUCGCACAGAUCCUAAUGGUACGAGUCUUUAUGCGUCAUACGCGAAAACCUUGCAACCGGACUAUGAAGCUUAUAGCUUUCCACGGCAAGUCCCUCCAACAUGAAUUUUGGUAUUCAAUCUGGCUCACUCCACUUCUUGAAAUGUGGGUGGAUGAUAGGGUACCAGAUCCAUACGAGGGAGAAUUCUCGAGACGGGGAUACAAUAAACGACCAGUGUUUUUCGGGUGUAAUGACAAGAAAGGAGCUUUAAUCAUCUACCUCCCCAAUUAUUAUAUCGUAGCAAGUACUGAUGCACCCACGGCGCAGAUGCAAUUUAGGCAUACUGAAUUAGAUGGAUACUUCUCAAAUGGAUUCGCAAUUGCCACUCAAUCAAAAGACUCGACAGAUGAAUUAAGUGAUACAUUAGAAGAUAAUCUCAAUCGAAUAGGAGCUUCAAACCCAAUAGAAUGGUCAGCUUGUUUAGCUUGUGCUCUUAUAGAUAGACAGCACAAACGGAAUGGUAUGGAUCGUACAAGCCAAUGUCAAAGUUGUUUUGAUCAGUAUUGUGCAAUUGAUUAA